CCAUGUGGACCAACCAAUGAAGUGUAGGGCAGAAAAGGAAGGGGGCAACGAAAGGUUUCGUUUACAAAGUGUCCAGGUCGUCAGCUGUUCAACUUCCCCAUCAUUAUGUUACGUGAAGGUGUUUUUAGUUUGUGUAAAGCCCAGUUAUUCCCGUUUCAGGUGGAAAGGCGCUGUUAAAUGGUUUUUUUUUUUUUUUGGGAGGCGAGGGGGGAACCUUUUAGUGGCGUAUCUCAUUUCCACACGGAACACUGUCACACCGGGAUCGUAAAUACACCGUCGUUGCUGCCCCUUCGGUCUGGCGGAAAGAAACGAUGAGGAUUUGAUAACGAAUGUCACAGUUUCAAUGAAACAAUUCGGUAUUUCCCCUCGACGUGAAAGCAGAGCCGCUAAGUUCGCUGCUUCCGGUGUAUGAGAUUGACUAAGUUCAGUAAUGGAGUCGUGUCGGCGGACAGGACUCAGCGGUGUCCUGUGCUCCCUGUCACUGCUGUGUGUCAUCCUGGACAUCCAGCUGGACGGUGUCUUAGGGGCAACUCAUGUCGAGAUCGAGCACCACUUGGAAAUGGGCCGCAAACUUUUGGCAGCCGGUCAGCUGGCUGAAGCCUUGUCCCACUACCACUCUGCUGUUGAGGGAGACUCUAAGAAUUACCUGACCUACUACAAGCGAGCUGCAGUGUUCCUGGCUAUGGGAAAAUCCAAAUCUGCCCUGCCAGACCUGACCAGAGCUAUCCAGCUCAAGCCUGACUUUUUGGCUGCCAGGUUGCAGAGAGGGAAUAUCCUUUUAAAGCAGGGCAACACGCAGGAGGCCAGGGAGGACUUUGAAGCAGUGCUGCAGCGCUCUCCUGACCACGAAGAAGCUCACGACCACCUGAUGAAAGCAAACGAGCUGGAGGAGCUGCAGGAGGAGGCCCAUGCUACAUACCACCAAGGGGACUACAGCGCUACCGUCACUGUGCUGGAGAGAGUUAUAGAGAUCUCUCCCUGGGAUCCUGAGUCGCGAGAGCUUCGUGCAGAAUGUUACAUCCGAAUGGGCGAUCCGAAGAAAGCCAUCCAGGAUCUGACUCCGACAACGAGGCUACGUAACGACAACCGCGCCGCCUUCCUGAAGCUCAGCAUGCUGCACUACAGCCUCGGGGAACACCACGAGUCACUCAGUCACGUCCGAGAGUGUCUGAAGCUCGACCAGGAUGACAAGGAGUGUUUCAGCCACUACAAGCUGGUGAAAAAGCUCAGCAAGCAGCUGGACUCAGCAGAAGAGCUCAUUCAUGAGGAGAGAUAUCAGGAGGCCAUCGAUAAGUAUGAAUCAGUGAUGAAAACGGAGCCUAACGUCGUAUACUACACCAACCUGGCCAAAGAGAGGAUCUGCUUCUGCUACGUCAAGAUUAAGUUGGCUCAGCAGGCGAUAGACGUGUGCUCAGAGGCCCAUCAGAGAGCCCCCCGCAACGCCAACGUCCUCCGAGACCGAGCAGAGGCUUACAUCCUCAACCAGGAGUACGAGAAAGCGGUGGAGGACUACCAGGAGGCUAGAGAGUUUGAUAGCGACAGCAACGAUAUCAGAGAAGGACUGGAACGAGCACAGAAACUGCUCAAAAUCUCUCGUAAGAGAGACUACUACAAGAUCCUCGGUGUCAACAGGAAUGCCAACAAGCAGGAGAUCAUCAAGGCGUACAGGAAGCUGGCACAGCAGUGGCAUCCCGACAACUUCCAGUCCGAGGCAGAGAAGAAGGAAGCGGAAAAGAAAUUUAUCGACAUCGCAUCAGCGAAAGAGGUCCUAACCGACCCAGAAAUGAGGCAGAAGUUUGAUGCCGGUGAGGAUCCCCUGGACCCGGAAAACCAGCAGGGUGGAGGUGGAGGACAACAGUCCUGGCCUUUUCACUUCAACCCCUUUGAGUCUGGGGGCAGCUUCCACUUCAAGUUCCAGUACAACUAGACUAACUAGGAGGACUUCACGAAAAAACAAGCGGGGGCUGGAGACAUUUUCGGAUGGAUGGGGCAUUGGGGGAAGAUCUAUGCCGGAUUUAUGAAGUCCUCUUCUAGAACUUGUGCUUCAGCUUGGACACAGUUUUGUGGGUUACGUGAACCUUUGCUUUUUCAUUCUGUGUCUGGACAGUGGAGGUUUGAGCCUUUUUAGUGGAAAAAAAAAACAAAAAAAACCUGGACUUCUUACCACAAAAACUAAGGACUGAACUGUGGCUACUGUUGAACUAAGUUGUUGCUCUGGUUGAAGAAAAUGAAGUCUUGUGUCAACAUUUGAGGUCCGCAGUAAUGGAAAGGUGAUGGUUGAAAGCAGUCGUUAUUGGACUUCUUUCUUUGUUUUUUCGGGAUGUCUGUUCUUAUUACUCAUUUGUUUCUUUGUGCCAUUUUGAAACUUUACCAAGGGACUCAAUUUUUUUAAUGCAGUAGGUUCUGCUUGGACAAUACAUAGAACGCUGCCAGUUUGUUGGUUUUCUGCUUGCAGUAUUCUUUAAAGGAACUACAUGUUUACUGAUCUCAGUUUGUAUUUUUGACAAUGUCAAAGCAUCUCUACACUAGAGAACCAAAAUUUUUGUAUUUAAUGACAUCAGGAGACACUUGUUGUUGAGCUUCUACAUCAGUGGUAAGUAGGUGAGAUUUAAGCACUAUUACAUGAAACUUAUGGGUAUAAAAGUUUUGAAAUCCUAUGGAUCUUAAAUCAGCGUAGUCGCUCUGAUUGUUUUUGAUUUUGCUUUAAAUUACCAUUGGUUUUGUACAGUCAUCUAAUUGGAAUGUGUGAAUUCUGCAUUUGGGUGGAAGUAUUAUAUUUUAAACAGGCUAUAUAUCCAACUGCAAACAUUACGGAUGUAAACAAAUUUGAAGAGAUGGUUAAAACACAAAAAACAACUGGAAAAAAGUUCAGUCUACCCCACAAAGGUGUGACAACUGAUGGCUGAGUCAAGAACUGUAGUAUUUGUCUUUCCCUUUUCACUUCAUGUCAAAGCAUGUCUUUGAAAACUUGCACUUUUACCCUUUGUUCGAAAAACCACUCCACGUGUUCUCCACUCCUGAAAUGUUACUGCAGGCUUUUAAAAAGCCCUUCAAAGACUCUUUACAAACCAAGUGUGUCUUCAGUGGCUAUCUGAUAGCCUCGUAUAUAAGAAGGUCCAAAAGAAAAAAAGUACACAUGUCGAAUGUUAUACUGAGUUGGAGCCUGAAAAACCGUGUAUCUGGAUAAUAUUUGUCCAACAGGUCACACUGAGGCGCAAACUGAAAACCAUUAAGUUGAAGAUGUAAUCAAAGUGCAGAUUUGCAAAUGAGGCUCAAGUUUUUCUGCCAUGCAAGACACACAACAGUUUAACCAUAAGCUAUGAUGACAGUCUUAUGAAGAUUUGAUUUUUUUUUUUUUUUAGCACAAAUUAAGUUAUUUUGUCAAUGACAGCUUAAGGAAACAGUGACUGUAACUGCUUUGAAUCCUAUUUACUGCCCGACUGUGUGAACCAAUGUGACAGGCUCUUUGUAUUUAAAUGGACUGAGCGUGAUUGUUUUGUUUCUGGGUUUUCUUUUUAGGAUUUUCUGUUGUUAGUGGCAUCAACUUUUCUGUUGCCAAACUGAAUCAGCUGACGGCUCAAGUGUAUUAAAAUAUUGAAACAAU